AAGAUCAGGUUUGCCUAUGUUCGGGCCCCAGGCCUGGGAAAUGGGGUCAAAAGAAAGCUGGACGAGGCAGACAGAACAGAAACAAAGGUAGGGGAUUCUUGGGCAAGGGGGUUUCACUGGAGUUCAGUGCUGGUAUGGAUAGCUACUGAUCACCCAGGUUGGGGUGGGAAAGGGUGCCUCUACAGAGGAGAGCAUUUCCCUUAGAAGGGUGGAAGGUCGGCACCCUGAUGUCAUUUCUGCCCCUUCUACAGGCCACUUGCAGUCCUCAGAAGAGACCCAAAGGUCAUCCAACCCCUGAGUUGAAGAUGAAGACGAAGAGAUGCAGGGGAGAAUCCGUCAUCAACACAAGCCCAAAUGCUGGUCCCAAGCAGACCCCUGAGCCUCCGGGGAGCGUACAGGGCCGAGGCACUUUUCCCUGCAGAGAGUGUGAGAGGGUGUUUGACAAGAUCCAGAGUCGAAAUGCCCACAUGAGGCAGCACCGGCUUCAGGACCCCAUGGAACAAACUGUAAGGGCGGAGAGACCAGCAAAGGCCUUCCUGCUCCAAGAGGAGGAGAAGGAGGAGGAGGAAGGGGAGAUGGGGGCUGACAUGGGCCCCUUGCAGGGGUGAUUUGGGCCAUGAGCCGGGGCCAGGCAGCACGUCAUCGGGAUGAGGACCUCGGGCCGUCACCUCUCCCUUCAGCCUCCCUGAGGUGUUCAGGGCAUCCCUCUGCCUCCACCCCCACCCCCCUGCCCCCCCACUGACCAGCCCAGCUUGCAAACACAGCGGGCAUUGGCCAUCAACAGGCAGAGUGCCGCCAUCGUCGGACACUGUGACAUCCUUGCCAGCUGGUGCCAGAGGCUCCAUUCUCUUUAGGUCAAUAGUCUUUCCCCUUCUAUUCUCUGGAGCAGGGAGCCUUGUGUGGGGAAACAUGUUAGAUCUGAGUCCUCACCAAUCUUCGCCUCAAUUUUGGGGUUUCGUUACAUCUGUUAGAGAAGGCCGAGGUGUGGACACCCAGUGGGAAAAUACUUCUGGAUCUCCCAACAUGUCAGACUCCUCAUCAGGAGACCGUGCCCUCUGCAUUUAGCCACUAGUGUGGCAAUGACUUUGUACAUUCUUAAGUUUUUUUUGUACAAGUCAAUUUGUAAAUCUUAUUAAAUUAUGUUGUUAAGUAGCUAUCUUCUGGCUUCUCUGGCCUGUUCUCUGGCCUAAAGCCAACAAAGGCUUUAGGGCUCCUGCCACUCGCCAGCGCCGCAGAAAUGAGUGAGCUUAGUCUCCGCCCUGGAGGGGCCUGGUCCCCAUACAUUCCGGGAGCCGGCCCUUAGGUGCCCACUGCAGUGUGUGUCAGCGCCCAGUCCAUGCAGCGGGCACACAGCGACACAGGAGGGACCCAGGUGCUCCCCUCAGGGAGCUCACAUUUUAGGAGCAGGAGAGCAGCAGGAAUAAAUAAGCAAAGAGGUGGUUUUAGCUAUUGCUUUAGGCCAUAAGGACAGAAGAGUCAGCAGCGUAGUGACCAGCAGUCAGUACAUGACGGUGGUUCCACUGUGUCCGGGGUGAAGUCAGGGUCUCCCAGCAGCGGCCAGCUGAGCAUGCGGAUUGCAGCGGGGACGAGGAUCACCUCCUCCUGCCCCGAGGUUCAAACCAGAGGGCACAGGAAAGAGCACGUUCCUCCCUCCUUCGUCUUGUCCUUUUUAAGAGUGGGGAGAGCUUGUAACG